AUGAGUAACGACGGAUACCGAACGGUAGCCUACUUUGUAAAUUGGCCUCAGGAUCUUCCUGUCGAGAAUCUCACCCAUGUUUUAUAUGCGUUCGCCAACAUCCGUGCUGACACUGGCGAAGUGCACUUGACGGACACAUGGGCUGAUACAGAUAUCCAUUGGGAGGGUGACUCGUGGAAUGAUAUCGGUAACAACCUUUAUGGCUGCCUCAAGCAACUGAACCUCUUGAAAAAGCGCAACCGCAACCUCAAGGUUCUUCUUUCCGUUGGCGGCUGGACAUACAGUGCCAACUUCAAGGGCCCUGCCAGCACGCCACAGGGCCGUGGGACGUUUGCCAAAUCCAGUGUUGAACUUCUCAAAAACCUCGGCUUCGACGGCAUCGAUAUUGAUUGGGAGUAUCCUCAAAAUGCAGAGGAAGCACGCAACUAUGUCGAGCUGCUUGCUGCCGUACGCCAAGAGCUUGAUGCCUACGCCGCAAAGUGUGUCGGCAACCACCACUUUGAGUUGACAGUAGCUUGCCCUGCUGGACCCCAAAAUUACGAAAAGAUGGAACUCGCCGCCAUGGACAAGUACUUGGACUUUUGGAACUUGAUGGCAUACGACUACGCUGGUUCAUGGGAUACCAUCUGUGGACACCAGGCUAAUAUUUACCCCGGCAACGACGCUUCCACGCCGUUUUCUACAAAUGCAGCGGUCGACUACUACACGAGUCAUGGCGUUGCUCCCAACAAGAUUGUGCUUGGCAUGCCUUUAUACGGGCGAGCUUUUGAAAAUACUGACGGUCCUGGAAAACCCUUCCAGGGGACAGGAGAGGGCACUUGGGAAAACGGCGUCUUUGACUAUAAGAAAUUGCCUCUCGAAGGCUCACAGGAGUUGUAUGACGACCGAGCGCAAGCUAGUUACUGCUACAGUGCCGCCAAACGCAAGUUUGUGAGCUACGACACCGCACCAAUGGCCAAGACCAAGGCCGACUAUGUCAAGAAGAGAGCGCUAGGCGGGACCAUGUGGUGGGAAAGCAGCGGUGACAAGUCGGGAUCGGACAGCUUGAUCUCGACCGUUGUUAAGACUUUUGGUGGAUCAAGUUCUCUUCAAAAGCUGGACAACUGCAUCACGUACCCUGAGACCAAAUACGACAACCUUCGAAAUGGAUUCCCGAAUAAGUAG